AUGGUAGAUCAUAGUGGUUUUAUAGACUAUUCGAAUACUAUUUCACCUAUGUUUCAAAUGGUGUCAAAGAAUACAAUUAGGUCUGACAUUUUGAAAAUAUAUAAGAUUGAGAAGGAAAAAUUUAGAGAAGUUUUGGAGAAAAAUAAAAGUAGAAUAGCCUUAACCACUGAUAUGUGGACUGCCAAUCAUCAAAAGAGGGGAUAUAUGACUGUGACAUCUCACUUUAUUGAUGACUCAUGGAAGUUGCAUAGUCAGAUUAUAAGCUUUAAAUAUGUGUCAUGCCCACAUGAUGCUCCAACACUUACAGAAACUCUAAGUUCUUGCAUGUCUGAAUGGAAUAUUGAACACAAGAUUAGUACAAUGACGGUAGGUAAUUGUACUACGAACGAUGCAAUGAUUCCACUUUUGAAUGAACAAUUUGAUUCUAAGUGUUUCCUUUUAAAUGGAAAGUUACUCCAUAUGUGUUGUUGUGCGCAUAUUUUGAAUCUAAUUGUUAGGGAUGGCUUGUCUGUUAUUGGUGACAGCAUUGACAAGAUUCAAGAUAGUGUUGCUUAUUGGUCGGGCACACCAAAGAGGUAUGAAAAAUUUGAGGACACAGCUCGUCUUCUCGGAGUGACAUGUACUAAAAAGUUGUCACUUGAUUGUGUGACAAGGUGGAAUUCAACGUACUUGAUGCUCAAAACAGCUUUAUUUUACAAGAAAGUGUUUGAACAAUCAAAGCUACGUGAUCCAAAGUAUAAAUGUCUACCAUCAGAAAAUGAUUGGAUUAGAGCUCAGAAAUUAUGUGACAAGUUGGAAGUGGUUUAUGAGAUGAAAAUUGAAGCAUGGAUGACAUCAGAUGAGUUUUUUAUUAAGAAUAUGGCAACUCAAAUGAUGUCUAAGUUUCAAAAGUAUUGGGAAGAGAUUCAUGGACUUAUGACUGUUGCAGUUGUUUUGGAUCCAAGAAGUCAGCAAUUGGAUAAUGCAUCAGCAUCUUUUUCAACACAGGAUGAUCUAUCUAAUUAUGAUACAUAUGUUAUAGUUGCAUCUGGUGCAGAGAGUGUGAAGUCAAAGUUAGAUGCCUAUUUGGAUGAGAAAGUGUUACCUAGGACUGGUGAAUUCUUUGAUAUAUGCAAUUAUUGGAAGGUAAUAGGAUUUAAAUAUCCCAUGUUGAACAAGAUUGCCAGAGACAUAUUUGUUGUGUCUAUUAGCACUGUUGCUUCAGAGUCUGCAUUUAGCACUGGUAGUAGACAUGUGGGUUCACAUCUACAUUGGAGGCAUUGGUCUGUACUCAAAGUUGGAGCGACUAAACUAGUCACUAUUAAUGAUGAAGAUAAUGAGGUAGAUCCAACUAUGGACCCAUACAUAAUAGAUCUUGAAGAUUAG